AUGGCGGAGGCGGUCAAGUGGCACAACGCGGCCAUUCAGGACGAGCUCGUGCCAAAGAAGAGCCCGUCGGAGUUUAAGCUGCCGGAGGGGGCGAAGGAGCUCGUCUUCAUGGCGAAGCUCACCGAGGAGGCGGAGCGCUACGACGAGAUGGUGCUCUGCAUGCGCAAGCUGGUGAAGCUGAACAGCGAGCUGGACACGGAGGAGCGCAACCUCCUCUCCAUGGCGUACAAGAACGUCAUCGGCUCGCGCCGCAACGCCUGGCGCAUCAUCACCUCCAUCGAGAGCCGCGAGGGGGCGCGGGAGAAGAGCGAGAACCUGCAGCUCAUCACCGCGCUGCGCCGCGAGUUCGAGGCGGAGCUCGCCGCGAUCUGCGACGACCUGCUCGCGCUGCUCGACACCUACCUCAUCCCCGCCUCGCAGGGCGGCGAGGUGAAGGUCUUCUACCUCAAGAUGAAGGGCGACUACCACCGCUACUACGCCGAGAUCGCGCCGGAGGCGGGGCAGCGGCAGGCCGCCCUCGACGCCUACGCGAAGGCGACGGAGGUGGCGAACUCGUCGCUCGCGCCGACGCACCCGAUCCGCCUCGGCCUCGCGCUGAACUUCUCCGUCUUCUACUACGAGAUCAUGAAGGAGCACGAGAAGGGCUUCCAGCUGGCGCGCCAGGCGUACGACGAGGCCGUCACGGAGCUCGAGACCCUCGACGACGAGGCGUACCGCGAGUCGAACCUCAUCGUGCGGCUGCUGCGCGACAACCUCAACCUCUGGACGGACGAGCAGCCGGCGAGCUGA